GGGGGAGGGGGCGGUGCCGCGGGUCCGCUCCGGACGCCUCCGGAGGAGGAAGAGCAGGACGCCGGGCUCGCGCAGAAUGGAAUCAAACUGUAACCCCAUGGAGCUAAGCAGCAUGGCAGGAUUUGAGGAAGGUUCAGAGCUCAAUGGUUUUGAAGGAACCGAUGUGAAGGACAUGAGGCUAGAAGCUGAAGCAGUAGUAAAUGACGUUCUUUUUGCCGUUAGCAACAUGUUUGUCUCGAAAAGCCUGCGCUGUGCAGAUGAUGUGGCCUAUAUCAACGUGGAGACCAAGGAGAGGAACAGAUACUGCCUGGAGCUCACUGAAGCAGGACUUAGGGUGGUAGGCUAUGCUUUCGACCAGGUGGACGAUCGUCUACAGACUCCCUACCACGAAACCGUCUACUCCCUGUUGGAUACGCUCAGCCCUGCCUACCGAGAAGCAUUUGGAAAUGCACUUCUUCAGAGACUGGAAGCUUUGAAAAGGGAUGGGCAGUCCUGACUGAGCUCUUCCUUUUAAAGGGGGAUGCUGCUGGUAUAGAAUGUUGACAUAAAACUUGAAACUUUCGCAUAUGCUCAUAGGAGAAAGUGCAUCUUUGCUUUUGUGUGUUUAUCAUUUGCUUUGAAUUUAGGCUUUUGAUUCGACAUUAUUAAUGAAAGAAUUGUCUUAGUUUCUGAUUCAUUGAGAGAACUCUGAGGCCAUUGCGUGACACUAUCAUAAAGACUUUCAAAUUCCUUCAUGUAAUUUCUGUGCAUUUCAAAAUCUAAUCAGUAUUUUACUCUCUUAUUCCAGGGCUUUGAUGCUGCCAGCACUGUCUUUUCCAUAGGAAAUUCUAGAUUUGCACAGUAAUACAGGAACUAGAAUUCCCUAACUCCAAACUUGGACUCAGCCUGCUAAAUCGGAGCUUUUCUUCUAGCUUGGACUGACUUUGAAGUGAUUAUUUUGCUACUAGCCUUAUUGGAAACAAACUACCAUCUAGUUUCCCCUGCACAAAUUUUGAAAUUUACUGCUUCAUUUAAUCUGUUUAUAUUACUAAUAUGGAUUGAUGAAGGUGAAUUAUAUAUUACUUAACUAGUGUUAAAUGAAAAACGAACUGCAAUAGUUCCAUAUUCCUCAUUUUGCAACAGCCAGCCAACUAAGCAGAGGACAAACCGUUAGCAAAUGAAUGUAAUAAUUACUCGUUUCCAAGAUAUCUAAGCACAUAAGCAAAUCAAGAACAUACUCCAUUCUCAACAAAAAGCAUCCUUGAUGUCUAUGAUUUAAAAGGAAGAAGUUUCUGGUUUCCUGGAAAAUAAUAUUUUGGCCUGUGUUGAUUCUUAUUCUGAAUGUUUGUUUACACAAUGUACAGUAUAUAUAUAUAUAUAUAUAUAUAUAUAUAUAUAUAUAUAUUCAGAAAGUAUUUUUGCUUCAAUGUUUACUUUCUAUAAUGUAGUGCUUUGGUAUUCCCGUGGCACCCCUCCUUCCCCAGCAGAUGGACAGUGUUCUGUCUCAGUGCUAAAUGUGCGAUGUAAUUGAGUGCAUUGUAUGGGUUUGAAACCAAAGGAUGAAUGAAGCAUUCAGAGACUUACUAUUUGAAAAAAGAGAUACUCUGUAUUUUAUAUUUUAUUACAAGUACUGAUAUUUAUAAAUUUAAUAAACUGUACAUGCAGCUGCAUGUUUUCAAGUACAUGAACAGUAAAGACGGGGGAGUUGUUUUGUAAUAGUCACCUAAAGCAGCUGCUAUAGAAAUGUUGAACUAAAAUUCUGCAUCUGGAUGCACCUUCAUAAACUUGUCAUGCACUAAUUCUUUUUGGUCAUUAUUUUUAAAAUGGGCAUCUUUCGGCUUGAGCUCAGGAAAUGGCUCAGCCUGUAGCUUGGUGGUAGAGCACUUUCUUCCCUCACAUGAGUGAAGCCCUGGGUUCAAUCCCUUGGACCGGAAAAGUGAGGAAAAACAAAACGUGGACCAUAGCUGAUUAAAGUUGCAUCAUGUCACUAUUCCUGUUCAGUUUCCUUGGAAUGCUGUCGUCAUGUUUAACAAUGCACAUUCAUCCUCAGCAUUUUAUUUUCAGAUGCUUAACUGUUUGAGCAACGAAGUCUAACUUCAGGUUGAAUUUUCUCAUGCUUAAUCUCAGGCUAAAUGUAAAUGAUAUUUGUAAAGUUUGAAUAAAAUUGUGUU